CAACUGCCACAGGUGAUGCAUCAGCAUGACUACUUUAAACCCACGGCGAGUGCUGCUCUUCAAGAUCCAAAAGAAGCUUUCAGAUUUGAGUUUUAGUCAGCUGCAGACUGUUGCAAGUUCGAUAGAUGACGGUCGUAAAACUUACCAGGUAGCAGAUCUAAGUGAACCCGAACUUUAUGACCUAAUUGUCGACUACAUCAGAAGUGAUGAGUUAAAAGCUGCAGAAGAUGAGGGCAUGACUCAACUUCUCCUCCUUUCUGACCUACUUAAUGACGUGCUAUCAGCUGCAGGAACCAGAGCCGCGGAGUCGGGUAAUGUGGCACCUGUCUUGAUGGGAGAUUCACCAACACAGCAACAGGGUCACACUCCAACUGAUGACGAUGGAGAAGUUUGCACACAACCGUUACACAUGGACAGAGACACUCGCACACAAUCAUUACACAUGGACAGAGAAACUCGCACACAAUCAUUAUGCAUGAACACAGAGACUGACAUGCACUCAUCAUUUCAGGGCAGAGACACCUAUGCACUUACCAGAGAAGUCACCUCAUCAACGCCUGGUAUGCCAGACCAAAUUGGUGCUGCUCCUUUGGGUAGGAUGAACUCAUCUAACAUUGCUGACCAUGUUGUAAGAUUGUCUGAUGUUUCAGCUUUGUUACCACGUAGAGAGUUUAAGUUGCAUGGUGGUCAAAUUUGUGAUACAGGCUGUGACAUGUCUUUCAAUUGUCUCUGUAAGCAAAUGGAUCAAGGGUUGCAGGAGGGUUUCAGUGAGUCUGAGAUUAUCAGAGCAGUCCUUAAGAUAACAAAACCUGGUACAUUCAGAGAGAUGUUGGUUAAUAAGGAUGAUCUUACUACUGAUGGGUUGAAAAGAUUUCUGCGCUCCCACAUUAGAGACAAAAAUGUAACUGAACUUUUUCAAGAGCUAACUAGUGCUAGACAAAAUGACAAAGAAAGCCCACAACAGUUUCUUUACCGAAUAAUGGGCCUGAAGCAGCGUGUUCUUUUUGAGUCACAACAACCUGGUGUAGGUUUUAGCUAUAACAAAGAGCUCGUUCAGGGCACUUUCAUUCACACACUUUACCAGGGGUUAAAUGAGAGGAACAGCCAUGUCAGACGUGAUCUUAAACCUUUUCUCUCAGACAUGCAGGUUAGUGACGACUUGCUCUUGGAAGAAAUAACAAAAUCAACAGCUGAAGAAGAAGGGCGAUUGAAAAGACUGGGUUCAGUAGGUAAAAGCAGACCAGUUACUGUAAGCGCAGCUCAGCACUCCCAAAGUGAACUGAACACCCCAACAAAAGUUGACGCUGAGUUGCAAGCAAACCGUGAUGCAAUCAAAGAAUUAACUGCUCAAGUUUCUUCUCUAACCAAGCAUCUAGCCCAGAUGUCCACCCCCACUGAGGCUGUGAAGCUGAAAGACUGCCACUCACCUACUGACCGCACACAACCACCAUGGUCUGAGACCAGAGGUAGAUGCAAUGACUGUGUAUAAAAAAACAAUACCAACUGUGUUCACUGCUUUGUUUGCGGCCAGG